AUCUCAACAAAUUAACGUUCUUCGUAUGGAUCGUAUGGAUUGGUUUGAUUUUUAUGACAUGUUCAUCUUCCUGGCAGUGACAGGGUGUGAAGCACUCGUACACGAGAAAGAGGCGAAGCUGAAGGUAAAAAAAAGUAUGGGGACUUUCCUGGUUUACAAUUAAAUACACAUUUUAACGGAGCAGCUUGAUGUUUGAAAUACUGGGAGGAGACUUAAGUGAGGAAAGAAUUUCAGAUGGACCUGGAUAAAUUGUUGGAUAGGCAGGAGAUUAUAAGGAGAAAAUUUCAGUUAAGAUAUUUAUUAGAUGAGUUUCUCAGAUAGGAUAUUUAUGAGAGGGAUUUUUCAGAUAGGAUAUUUAUGAGACGAAUUUUUCAGAGAGGGUAUUUGUGAAAGGGGUAUUACAAAUAAGUGCCUUAUUAGAGGAAUGUUACAAAGAGGACACUUAUAUAAAGAAUGUUUUAGAUACAAAGGAAAUUUAUAAAUGGAACAUUUAAGAUAGAAAGGGGAUUUGCUGGACAGAGAGUUAUGUUUAAGUUGUUUUUCAUAAAUAGGAGAUUUUGGUAAGGCAAUGUCUAAGAUAGUUAAGAGGCUUAUGUGUCGAAUGAAUUUGAUGAGAGAUUUAUGUAAGGUAUGUUUGAGAGAGUAGGGGUAUGGGACAAAUAUUUUAGGAGAACUAUUUCAGCAAUUUUUGUAGGAAUACUUAUUUGACGAAUAACAUCAAACAUUCACAUACACAUAUGUACGUUUCCUGAUCAAAGUUUUGCCAGCGAUUAUUACUUAAAAUCAAUGUGUUGAUAACGUCUGUAUGAUAAUUCGCGUUCUAAGUAGUAAAUUCCCUUUGCUUUGAAGUUAGUGCAAACGCCAUGUAGGAGUGUAAAUUUGGGAACGUUAAAGACAACUAUGCCAUGUUAAAAUCGUGCGAUUGUGGGCAUAAUGCUUGUUGAGUUAAAAGAGUCUUCCCCACCCCACAACCCCCUCCCCCCCACACUCACACACUUAGUUCCCACUACGGGUCACUUCUGCCCGGUCACAUCUUGUUUCAGUCGAGGUAAUGUACCCCAAACCAUCCGGCCGUUUAACCAUUCUUCGCGGAAGUGGUUUUCCAACUUAACCAUUGCCUAACCCUUUGAGUCAUGGGCCGGUCAGUAUUGGGGUUGUGCCCCCCCCCCCAAUAUCGCACAAGGGUAUGUAUGCGCUUGCCCGUUUUGCGUGACCUCAGUGUGACAAAGGACCCAUUGGAGCAUGACAACGCCCACACGUGCACGGUUGUUAUUUACUAUCUCAAGAAUGGCAUUUAUCAUUGCGGACUCCGUCCAUCUCCUUCUCAAAACAUGGUCAUUGCCGACGUCGUCCAUCUCCUUCUCACAGAUGAUCAAUGCGGACUCAAUCCAUCUCCUCACUGAUGAUCAUUGCGGACUCCGUCCAUCUCCUUUUCACAGAUGAUCAUUUGUGGACUCCAUCGAGAGCCUUCUCACAGAUGAUCAUUGCGGACACCGUCCAUCUCCUUCUCACAGAUGAUCAUUGCGGACUCUAUCCAUCUCAUUCUCACAGAUGAUCAUUGCGGACUCCAUCGAGCGCCUUCUCACAGUUUCGAGAGCAAACUUUGAGUCGCUGACGGGUACAAUAGUCGGCGCGCUUGUUUCAGGGCAACCAAAAAAUAAAUAAAUAAACACAGAUCUAAGAUAAGAUUUCAAUUUUUAUUUUAAAUUUCGCGAGCCGGUAUUUUGCUUUCGUUGCCUGAUAACGGGUCAAUGUCCGAGAAUUCGUGUAAACACUUUCUUUCAACAAAAUAUGAAUCGUGGAUUGCUGACAUUGGCUGCGUGUUUUUGACCAUGUCUGCCUACUGGUUUGGAAACUACAGGAAUCCAUGGCUGUAAUGGGUAUUGCCAUGUACGCUUACUGGUUUUGAACCUACAGGAAUCCAUGGCUGUAAUGGAUAUGGCCAUGUGCUUUUACUGGGUUUUUUCCUUCACAGGAAUCCAUGUCUUUGAUGGGUAUGACCAAGUACGCUUACUGGUCGGCGUGGUUCACACUCAGCUUCAUCUGGAUCUGCAUCCUCAUCGCUGGGACGGCGGUUCUUUUGUUCACGCCUCUGUUUGGGGAAGACAUCUUGUUGAUGGCUAACCCGUUCCUCGUGGUCCUAUUGAUGUUGGUGCUGGCAGUCGACAUACACUUCUUCUCCCUGUUACUUUCAUGCUUUGCCCAAAAUGGUCAGUAUCGAGCGUUUUUCUUAAUCCAUUAUAAGAGCUUAUAGUUAAGAGUGCUGUUAAAUACUUCAAAUUAAAUAUUUUUUUAAAAAUGUUUUACGAUUUUGAUCAAGAUUGUGAUGUAUUUUUAUCCUAAAGCCCGUGCAACUUGGUAGAAAAGUUUAUUCAAAUCAAUACAACAUUAUGUCUUCAUUCUAGAUUUUGGAACGAGCUAAAGCUAUUUAGUGACCCCCGGCAAUCACGCUCCAUGCGUGACAUAUCUGUGGGGCGUGACGCAUCCGUUGGGCGUGGCACUUCUGUUGGACGUGGUGCAUCUGUUGGGCGUGACGCAUCUCUUGGGCUUGACGCAUUUGUUGGGCGUGACGCAUCUGUCGGUCGUGGCGCAUCUGUUGGGCGUGGCGUAUCUGUUGGGCGUGGUGCAUCUGUUGAGCGUCCCCAUAAAUGAGAUUUUCGGCGUUGAUAUUUUCAGUUUCCGCAACUCUAACGCUUCUAAGUAUCGGGAACUCGACCAGCAAAUGCCCUAAUAUCUGUAACGUAUGCUCGCAGUGUCGGAAAGUCUGCCAGCCAGUGCACUGCCGUCUCGUGUGUCUGCCCACUGCUCGGGUCCCUAAGAGAAUUCAAUCUGUUACAAAAAAUUCGAGUGCGACAGUGUUCUGUUCUCAUCGGGGUUCUCAGGAGCUUCUGACAUCAAGAGUGUCUGUUUAGACGAUGUGCUGAAUUGCAUCCAGCUUCUGAUAUCAAGAGUGUCUGUUUUGACAAUGUGCUAAACUGCAUCCAGCUGCUGACAUCAAGAGUGUCUGUUUUGACAACGUGCUAAACUGCAUCCAGCUGCUGACAUCAAGAGUGUCUGUUUUGACUAUGCGCUGAAUUGCAUCCAUCUUCUUAUGCUGAAUCGAUAAUAUAAAUUAGAGCGAUUUUUUAUUUUUUAUUAAUAUUAUUUUGUCAUUUAUUAUUUUAUUUUCAAAAACUGUCACUUUUUUCUCCUCCUGCCAUUGUAAAUGUAAGUUUUCUCGGGUAUGUUUAAAGACCGGACUCGAGUCUCUUAGUUGUUCUUCUUUUGAGAUGAUAUAUUUGACAAGUUUAAAACUAAAUGCAAAGAAAACAACUAACGACGUCAACAGAAAAAAUGGAUCCCAGACUCGCAACAGUUAGUGCAAUAUUUGGCAGACUCCACAGCUCUGUUUGGGAAAGAAGAGGUAUCAGACGAGAAACGAAGAUCAAGGUCUAUAGCGCAGCAGUCAUCUCGACAGUGCCCUACGGAAGUGAAAUGUGGACAGUCUACCAGCGUCACGCUAAGAAACUUAACCUAUUUCACACAACCUGUCUCGGGAAACUCCUCGGCAUCAGGUGGUAAAACAAAGUGCCUGACACGAGGGUCCUCCCUAGAGCGAACCCACCUAGCAUUUUCACCACCAUGAUGCAGUCUCAACUCCUUUGGAUGGAGUCUCAAUCUCAUGAAGUCAGAAGGGGGGCCACAGCUGAGACACGCCCGAAAGAGCAACCUUAGAUCACCGACCACAGCUAUAACUAUCCCCUGCGAGAGACUUUUCAGGGCACAGAUCAAAAUAGCAAGCCACCUACGAACUUACCGUGACCCCCACCCCUAACCAGAUGACUGGAUGGUCCAAGUCGUAGUUGACGGACGAACAACAUGUUCUAUUUGUUAAAUCUUGCUUAUUCGCUUAUGUGUUAUUUGCUAACGCUGUUGAUAACCCAUUUUUUUCUUGAAUUCAGUGAAUGACGUGAGUACAAUCUUCAUCAUGAACUACCUAUUCUUCUGGCUAUCAAGAAGUCUCUACCGACGUAUCAACAGUACGGC